GUGAGGGGGCGUGGACCACGCGGUCGCAAGCUCCGCCCCUCUCCCCGUUCUCCCGCCCCAUUCGCCCGCCUCUUUGUAUCCAACAUCCGGGUUUCCCCGCCGGCGAACGGGGACCCGCGGUCGCCGCCGCGGAGCCAUUUUGGACCCGGGCUCCGCUUCCCUCCCCCCGCCCGCGCCCCCUCCGUCCUCCCCACCGUCCCCCCCUCCCGUUCAUGGCCGCCCCGGACUCGACGGCCCCGCGGCCCGGGGUGCGGGCCCCGCCCGGUGCCCUGAUGUCCGGCUCCCGCGCGCCCCGGCUCGCCGCGCCCCGCCGCCGACCCCCGGCCCCCGCCUCGGCCCCCGCGCCGGGCCGCCGGCCACGCCGCUCGGAGCGGCCUUGAGCCUCGAUCCUCCCGGUUACCCAAGGGGCCCCCCGCCUCCAGUGCGGGGCCGCGCGCGGGGCGGGCCGCGGAGGAGCCGCGGGGGAGCAGCGGGGCGCCCGGCCCGGCCGGCGACUCGGGAACCCGGGGGCGGCGCGGCGGAACAUGACGGCGGCCUGGGCGGCGCUGCUCCUUGUCUGGGGAUCGCUGUGCGCCGGUUCUGGGCGUGGGGAGGCCGGAACUCGCGAGUGCAUCUACUACAACGCCAACUGGGAACUGGAACGCACGAACCAGAGCGGCCGGGAGCGCUGCGAGGGCGAGCAGGACAAGAGGCUGCACUGCUACGCCUCCUGGCGCAACAGCUCGGGCACCAUCGAGCUGGUCAAGAAGGGCUGCUGGCUGGACGACUUCAACUGCUACGACAGGCAAGAGUGCGUGGCCACCGAGGAGAACCCCCAAGUCUACUUCUGCUGCUGCGAAGGCAACUUCUGUAACGAGCGCUUCACCCACCUGCCCGAGGCUGGGGGCCCGGAAGUCACCUACGAGCCACCCCCGACAGCCCCGGCCCUGCUGACCGUGCUGGCCUACUCGCUGCUGCCCAUCGGGGGCCUGGCCCUCCUCCUCGUGCUGGCCUUCUGGAUGUACCGCCAGCGCAAGCCUCCCUACGGCCACGUCGACGUCCACGAGGACUCCGGACCUCCGCCCCCAUCCCCCCUGGUGGGUCUGAAGCCCCUCCAGUUGCUGGAGGUCAAAGCCCGGGGCCGCUUUGGCUGUGUGUGGAAGGCCCAGCUCCUGAACGACUUCGUAGCCGUGAAGAUCUUCCCUCUCCAGGACAAGCAGUCUUGGCAGAGUGAGCGUGAGAUCUUCAGCACGCCUGGCAUGAAACACGAGAACCUGCUGCAGUUUAUCGCCGCUGAGAAGCGAGGCUCCAACCUUGAGGUGGAGCUGUGGCUCAUCACUGCCUUCCAUGACAAGGGUUCGCUCACGGAUUACUUGAAAGGAAAUAUCAUCAGUUGGAACGAACUGUGUCACGUGGCCGAGACAAUGUCGCGCGGCCUCUCCUACCUGCAUGAGGACGUGCCCUGGUGUCGCGGGGAGGGCUAUAAGCCCUCCAUCGCCCACAGGGACUUCAAGAGCAAGAACGUGCUGUUAAAGAGCGACCUGACCGCGGUGCUGGCCGACUUCGGCCUGGCGGUUCGCUUCGAGCCCGGCAAGCCUCCGGGGGACACUCACGGGCAGGUCGGCACGAGGCGGUACCUGGCUCCUGAGGUGCUGGAGGGCGCCAUCAACUUCCAGCGAGACGCGUUCCUGCGGAUCGACAUGUACGCCAUGGGCCUGGUGCUGUGGGAGCUGGUGUCACGGUGCACGGCAGCUGACGGACCCGUGGAUGAAUACAUGCUGCCCUUCGAGGAAGAGAUUGGCCAGCACCCUUCGCUAGAAGAACUGCAGGACGUGGUCGUCCAUAAGAAGAUGAGACCCGCCAUUAAGGAACACUGGCUGAAGCACCCGGGCCUGGCCCAGCUCUGUGUGACCAUCGAGGAAUGUUGGGACCAUGACUCGGAGGCACGCCUGUCGGCGGGCUGUGUCGAGGAACGGGUAAAUUUGAUCCGAAGAUCCGUCAAUGGCACUACCUCGGACUGCCUGGUCUCUCUGGUGACGUCGCUGACCAACGUGGACCUGCCCCCGAAAGAGUCCAGCAUCUGACACCCCAAGACAGCGGACAAGCUCGCUCUCUUGCUCUCUCUCUCUCUCUCUCUCCCCACCAUGACUUGGUGUGGGGACCAGAAGAAAUGAGGGGAAACAGAAAAACACACCAACACAAAGUUGAUGUUUUAAAAAAAUCCCCUCAAACCAAGAAACCCAUAAACAUGCAGCUGCUAUUUUACCUAGACUUUUUUUAAUUAUUAUAAUUAUUAUAAUUAUUCUUAAUAUGAUGAUGAAUUUUUUUUUUGGAGAAUUAGGUGUAUUUUUUUUUCUAGAAGCCAGCAUUAUUAUUAUUUUUUCAUUUUUGUUCAUGUUUGGUGUUCUGUAUCACUGACGGCACACAGAUACAGCUGGGCGUGCAGGUGCUGAAUUGUGUGACUCGCAGAACCAGCUCACGAGCCUUCAUUUCACCUCUUGUCCUCUGGGGUCCAUUGUGGGUUUCUGUUUGGUCAUCUCCUAAGUUGGGUGCACCCCAGGACUUCCCCUCUUUCCCUCCAGCAUCUCGUUGUCUUAGCUACCUUAAUGCUGCAAGUUCUCCUCCAGGAACCUUUGAAGACUGUUAACCAUGAGAUACACAACCCUUUUUCCGGGUUGUAUACUCUUCCCUCCCGGCUUCCAGGCCUCUCCCCAACUCUACCUUUGAGUUUGCCUUUCUUUCCCCUACUCCCUUUUUUCUUUUUUUUUCUUUUUCUUUUUAAGGCUGUAAGCUUGAAAAGAAAAACAACACCAGAGGUAUCUUUCAUGGAUUUCACAAGGGUUGUUUUCUCCACGGAAGGAAAUCUAGGAGGAAGAUGGCUCAGACUUCAGGCUGAAGGGAAACUGAGUCCUGGGUAGGGUUUGGAACAGAGCUACUCUGGAUUCGGGCAUGUUUGGAGCAACAGUCCUUUGCUACUAUUUCUCAGGUAACCGGGAAGUGAGGCCAAGGACCCCAGGGAGGCCGGCCAUUCCACCACAAGCGUAAGGUUUGGAGACUGAAAAAUAUCAGACAAGUCUUCUGGACUCCGCCAAGCCGGGCCUUGCCAGCUUGCUUUCCACCAAACUUGGGCUUGGUUCAUAGGACAAAGAUCACUUUUUUGGUUGUUGUUGUUGUUCUGUUUUCUGCCCCUAAUUUGUGACUUAGCAAGAGGGCAAGACAUUGGCAUAAUGGCGUGGACUUUUUGUUUGUUAGUUUUCGGUAGGGUCUGAUGCUGUAAAAUGUUAACAAAGUGGAGUUUGGAGCUGGGGGUGUGCUGUCAUCCUACCUACUCAGGAAGCUGAGAUCUGAUGACUGAAGUUCAAAGCCAAGCCCAGGCAGGACAAAAAAAAA